ACGAGCGUGAGAGGAGCAGACAGCAGAAGAGAAAAGUAGCUGUGGUGAUCUUUGCCGCUUCCACGCCUUCAACAACCAUGCAGGAAGCCUCUCUGUCCCUCAUUUGGACCUUCUGCCUCCACCUCAUUUGCUUUUGUGCCGCAGAGGAAGGUCUGGAGUUCCCAAACUUUGACGGCAAAGACCGGGUGCUGGACUUGAACGAGCGCAGCUACAGGAAGGCGCUGAGGAGGUUUGAGCUGCUGUGCGUCUUCUACCACGAGCCGCUUCCUGCCGACAAGGGCCAGCAGAAGCGCUUCCAGAUGACCGAGCUGGUCCUGGAGCUCAGCGCUCAGGUCCUGGAGGACAAAGACAUCGGCUUUGGGAUGGUGGACUCUGAGAAGGAUGCCAAAGUAGCCAAGAAGCUCGGUCUGGAGGAGGUGGGCAGCCUGUACGUGUUCAAGGACCAGCGCAUCAUCGAGUUUGAUGGACAGCUCUCAGCAGACACGCUUGUGGAGUUCCUCCUGGAUGUCCUGGAGGAGCCGGUGGAAGCGAUCAACAACGCCAUGGAGCUGCGGGCCUUCGAAAGGAUGGAGGAAGACAUUCGCCUGAUUGGCUACUUUAAAGGACAGGAUUUACACUACAAAGCUUUCCAGGAGGCAUCGGAGCGUUUCCAACCUUACAUCAAGUUCUUUGCUAUUUUUGAUAAAUCUGUGGCCAAACAUCUCUCCCUGAAGAUGAACGAGGUCCAUUUCUACGAGCCCUUCAUGGAGGAAGCGGCCGUCCUGCCCGGCAGAGCUCUGUCCGAGAUGGACAUCGUGGACUUUGUGGAGCAACACAGGAGGGCCACCCUGAGGAAGCUGCGGGCAGAGAACAUGUUUGAGACAUGGGAGGACCACAUGGACGGAAUACACAUUGUUGCCUUUGCCGAGGAGGAGGAUCCAGCCAUCCCCCCGACCCCCCCAGAUGGCUACGAGUUCCUGGAAAUCUUAAAGGACGUGGCCAGAGACAACACCAACAACCCGGACCUCAGUAUCGUCUGGAUCGAUCCUGACGACUUCCCUCUGCUGACCACGUACUGGGAGAAAACCUUCAAGCUGGACCUGUUCCGACCCCAGAUUGGCGUGGUCAACGUGACGGACGCGGACAGUGUGUGGUUGGACAUGUCCGACGACGAGGACCUGCCCACUGCCGAGGAGCUGGAGGACUGGAUCGAGGAUGUCCUGUCGGGCAGGGUGAACACCGAGGACGACGACAACAUUGCCCGUGAUGACCGGACGGACUUAGACCACCACCUCGCCCGUGAUGAUGAUGAUGAUGAUGAUGAUGAUGACUAUUAGACCUACGCCAUCAUCAUGGUCAUCACAAGAAUGAUUUUCAUCUUAGGACCUUAUUAUCAUUACUAUUAUUAUUAUGAUUAUUAUUAUCAUGCAUAUGCGUCAUUCAUCCAUGGCAGCACAACACAGCAAUCCUACUACUCCUGCAUUAUUAUGAUUAUUAUUAUUGUUAGUGCAGGAGAAGGAGCAGUGGAGCAGCACAAUGCAGCAAGCCGGUACUGGGGGUACCGGUACCGGUACAUGUACUACCCAUGUACUACCCAUGUACUAAUCAUGUACGCUACGUAGAAGAGCAUCAGUAGGCUUGUUAUCCCUUUCAGAUGUAAAUCAUGUGCAUGCCAACCAGAGUGGGUGACCGAGGCUGCCAUCUGCAGGACGUACAGUCAUGGAAAAAAUGAUGAGCCUUGUUUCUUCAGUUGAUUGAUCCAUUUGAAUGCCGGCUACAACUAAAGGUACAUUUGUUUGGACAGAUACGAUGAUGAUGACAAAUGGAGCUCAUAAUAAGAGCUGACUCCAUGCUUGUCUUGGUACUGACCAAGAUCACUAAGUACUUUAGCAUUGUACUGCCAAAACAUGGACCUCUAGGUACCUUUACUUGUAUUAAAAUGAAGAAGAAACGGAAGAAACAAGGCUGCUCUCAUGAUUUUUUCCAUGGCUUUGUAUUGGCCAAAUCCAAUGAGGUUCACGGGUCUAUCCGAUUUGAAGACGCAAACACUAGACAGACGUGUUUUUGAUGCAGACAGGUUCCUUUUAUUGACUGGAGAGAAUACCUUCAAUGACAGCUGAGCAUCGGAAAAGAAAAGGAUGAAGAAGUCUUGAUAGUGAACCCAGAGAUACAAAGGCACCACUAGUUUGGGAUUGUCCGAGUAGAGUCAUCGUGUUUGGAGAAGAUAUGAUUAGUGGCUGCCACAGCAGUACGCAUCUCUGAUGCAAACAUAUGGCGCCUUGAAGGUGCAGUCCUUAACGAACCAUUCCCCUGCAAACAAAAACACACUUUUUAAGACUGACGUUAGGUGAAAUGGAUUCACGGAUGAUGCCGUUACCUCCUGCGUACAUCACAGCACAGGCACCGUCAUUGCUUGGCUCUCCAUGGCCAAAAUGAUCAAAAUCAAAGUGGGUGCCAUCAAGCCAUUGAAAGUGUCCAUCCUGGAAGACAAAGCCACAUUUGAAUGAGGCACUCGGAAGGAGAAUGACUCACCAACAACUCCAUGAUGACGUUAUUCACAUGGUGGUCACGGUCCACGACUUUCCCUGCAUGACACUUUGAUUUAUGUUCCCUUUUUAUGCCUUAGUUGCGCUUUCCUGCUCUUACUCCCCGUGUUGCUCUGCUCUGUUUCUGUUAGGUUUCUCAGUAUGCGCACCUGCGGACAAUUUGGUUUCUUUUUGAAGGUGUUACUGUUCUUCUGUUGGUAUGGUGUCACUGCAGGGCAGCAACAGUUAAUAAAAGUACAU